UACGCGAAAUACCAACCUCAAAGCAUGAAAUGUACAACGUGAUGUGUUUGCAUUUUGUUACAAUGUGAAAUUUUGUUGUAUAAAUUUUUGUUGAAUCGAGAAAUAAAAAGAAAUAUCAUCAAGAAGGAACACCGUCGUUAAAGUUAAUUAAGAUAUCAAUCAGGACGAUUGAGUAUUGUCAUUGGUGUCAUAUAAUUUAAGUCAUAAAGAUCAUCAACAAUGACAUUGCCUGGAAUUGGAGUGUUCGGUACAGGGAGCAUUGUUAGAAUAAUCAUUCCCUUCUUAAGAGAGAAAGGCUUCAGAAUUGAAGCUAUAUGGGGACGCACACUGGCAGAAGUGUCAGAGGUUGCAACUGAUCUUGAGAUACCGUUUCAUACCAGUCGAAUCGACGACGUACUCCUUAGAAAGGAUGUUGAUUUGAUAUUCAUCAUGUGCUCUCCGAGUUUGCACGCGCAGAUUGCAGUGAAAGCAUUAGGAAUAGGAAAACACGUUGUGUGCGACAAACCGGCUGGUCUAAGUCAAAGUGAAGCCCUAAAGAUGGUACGUGCUUCUCAGUAUUAUCCUUCCUUGAUCAGCAUUGUUAAUCAUAGUUUGAGAUUUUUGCCAGCAUUCGUUCAUAUGAAGAAAGCCUUGGAGGAAGGGUACUUGAACGGUCCCGUAAAUGUAAUAGAAGUUAGAGUACACAUGGGCAGUUUACUGCAUAAUGGAUAUGAUUGGUUGUGUGAUGACACGAUGGGAGGAGGAAUUUUGGCACUAGUUGGAAGUCAUGUGAUCGAUUUGAUCUUUCACUUAAUUGGCCAACGUGCCUCGAGAGUACAUGCCGUGGUGCGAACUUUCAUGCAAACUACGAAACAUAUAAACGGAAUUAGGCAUGUCACAUCACCAGAUUUUUGCAGUUUUCAAAUGGAGUUAAGCGGCGGCACGUUAGUGACAGCAACAUUGAGUAACCACUUACAGGGACAACUAUCUCAGGAAGUAUUGAUAUGUGGAGGUGGUAAUCAUCUUCUGGCACGUGGUGGAGAUUUACACGGUUGUCGUAAUGGGCAAGAAGAGAUGUUGUAUCACGAUACAGACGAUUUGCAAGAUAUAACAUUCCCGAUCGCUGACUCUAUACCAAGACCAUAUAUCAAAGGAUUAAGGAAAAUGAUUGCUGCACUAAGAGAAGCUUUUCAAUCUGUUGAAGAUAAGAAAGGUUGGAUAAAGGAACCGGUAUUCUCUGCAUCGUCAUUCGAGGAUGGUUUAUAUGUACAAGCAGUUAUUGACGCGUUGCGACAGAGUAACAAACGACGAGAAUGGGUAAAAGUUAAUAUCCUGACAGAAGAACCAGAUCCAAAUCCUUUGUUAAGUGCAGCUGUUAGAGCUACAGCUAUAUCGAUAUAGAAAUGGACAUUCGAAAAUUCCGAAAUUAAGUGAAAAUUUUGUUAUUGCAUUGACGAAAAACAGUAUAGUAACGAACAAAAUCAUAUUUAAUAUUUUAUAAAUGUAUAGUAAUUAUUUACAAGGCAGCUCAAAACAAUUUGACACAAAUAAUUGAACUAUGAACAUCGUUUAGUACAAAAACAGUGUAAAUAUGUGCAUGUGUAUGUACAAUAUGUACAAUUUUGGAAAAGUUAUAAUAUUAUUUAUAUACUUCUGUAGAGGCGUCUAACUUAUGAAUAAUAUUUAUCAAAAAGUAGAUCGU